GGUAAAGAUUUAGAAUAGAUGAAAAAAAGUAUUUUUACGUAACGAGUUUGUCCAACAAAGCCUGAUAAAAGACAAAUAUAAAACAUUUCUUCCCAUUUCCGCGUUGGAAUGAUCUAAAAAUCUCCCACCAUGCUUCAGUCAUCGUGCCGCAUUCAGAUUUCAUCAUGGCGGACUGGGACGCAGACGACUUUGAGCCUGCAGCCCCCGGCAUCAGCGCGGGGACGGACAAAUGGGAGGGUGAAGACGAGGAUGACGAUGUGAAGGACAACUGGGAUGAUGAAGACAAUAAUGAUGAAAAGAAAGAUCAAGCUGAAAAAGUCACAGCUGUCCAAAAGAAGAAGAAAAGAACCAUGGCAGAAAUUAUAAGAGAGAAAGAAGAAAAGAAGAAGAGAGAAAUUGAAGAGAGAAAAGCCAGAGAAGAAGCUGCCCAGAAGGAAAUGACACCAGAAGAGCGAGCAGCAGACAAGUUGAGACGACAGAAACUUGCAGAAGAAGGAGAUUUAGAGCUAGCAAAGGACAUGUUUGGAGUGGACAGUGAAACAGGCGGGAAGAUUGACAGAAUGCAGCCCCAAACGAGAGAAGACUUUGAGGAGUUCCAGAAGGCGCUGGUGGAGAAAGUGAGCCAGUACCAGGGUUCCAUUCACUUCGUCACCUUUCUGGAGGAAUUAUUUAGGGACUGCUGUUUAGGAUUGGAGGCUGAGGAUGUCAGGAGGUUAGGAACUACCCUUACUGUUCUCUCCAACGAGAAGGCAAAAGCUGCAAAGGCAGCAAAAGGAGGGAAGAAGGGAAAGAAGCAAGCAUCAAGCCUGAAGGCUGUCAAGAAGGUGGAUCUGGAAGACUACAGCACUUACGGGGAUGAAUAUGAUGACUUUAUGUAGCCCCACGCCCACCUAUAGUUAGGGAAUGAGAGUUAGGGAUAGUAAUGGAGUAAUGAAGGACUAAUGCAAAUGAAUAUUUUCUGAUACGGAACAUGAGGGCUGCUCCCUGCUGUAAUAGAGACACUUUUCAUCUCAAGAUUUUUAGUCUUCCAAUCUGUAAACUUUUUACUCAGGCCUUCUUUACAAGGCUACGUUAUGAAUUGUGUGUACUUUUUGUCACCGUGGGCGUGGAAUAUUAGAAAAUUGGCUUUACAAUUGUACCAUAUUCAUGUUGUGAUCUUUGCUCUUUGUUAUACUGUAAUAAAAAAAUUGUCCUAUGAUCUGUGCUUCAGGUAACAUGAUCCAAAGAGGUUAAUUUUUAAACAUACAAAAGUAGUACAUACAUAGUAGAUAUCGGAGGCAAACUUUCCAUGGUUGGUGGUGCCGUCAGCUCAUUUCCAGCAAAAGAUCUUCAUGUAUUGAAAGAUUUUUGCUUGCUGAAAAUUGCUGUUAAACCCUUGCAGUUUUUCAUGGAAUUUUGUGUGGACACCACCUUCUUUACCAUUACUGCAACCUUUAUGUAUCCCAAUUCAUCCUAGCAUAUUGUCUUUGCAGGGUGCAGUCUUCAGGGUAGGAUAGUGUGGUGAAAAUUUGAUAACGUGUGAGGUAUCGGGCCUUUCUUGUGCUUGAUCGCUCUGACAAAAAAUUCCUCCGCUCUGAGGUGUAAAGUGAUGCUCAACGUUCACUAUGCAGUCCAAACUUGAUUCUAAGAGGUGUUACAACCUAACUUAGACUUUGCAAUCAAACCUACUAGAGCUGUAGUCAACUCUUGAUAUUUCAUUUGUGACAUAUAUGUAGAUAUAGACUUGUCAAGUGUGGAGGAAAGAAAUGUAGAGGACAUUGUUCAAGAGUCUGUUUAUAGUUUUAACCUAUUCCCUGCUGUCUAACCAGAAAAUCAGUACAAACCUGGCAUCAGAAUUACAUAAUGAUAGGGCUGCUUUCUAGUCAAAGGCCAUGGACAGCUGAAUAAAAGGUUUCCAUGAAAAUGCCACAUCUGGAUCAUUAUCUUAACAAUCUUUGAGAAAUCCUAAAAGUAGACAUAAUUUGGGACAAGUAGACAUAAUUCGGGAGAAUGCUAGAGUUGCUUGUGUUGUUCACUCUGCACUAUCGACACUUUAUGGGAUGUUGAUUUUUUGUAAAAAUUCACUGAUGGGACGGAAUGCUUUCUAUGGCUGUCCACCUGAGUGUCCUACAUACCUAUGUGCCAUGCAGUCAACUUAUGUUCUGUCAACAAUCCUGUUUGUGUUGGAGUAUAUCUUUCACCAGGGCUAUCUGGGGUGCCAUUAGUCAAAUGUGUCAGAUCUACAUCAUGCUAAACCAUGGGGUAUUAAAAGUUGCC